AACAAAACAGGACUCCACUUCUGAGCAUGGCACCUUAGGGGCAUAGGGAAGGCAGGUUCUGCUGUCCAGAUGUCCCUGUGUGGGAGAUGCUUCUGACUGCAGGUCUCUUGCUUGAGCCCCUGCACAUCACAGCAAACCUCUGCCCCCAGCAACCCUCCCCACACUGCACACAGGGAGAGGAAGGUUGGGGGGCUGGGGCAGCCCCAGAGGAAGGGGCCACGUGACUCAAAGUUACAGGAAGACGCUGCUGGCGUCGUGAGAGCCACCAACUGCCCGCCCCACCAGGGAAGGGGGGUGCCUGGGUGGGGUUUAGGCUCAGGAGAGGAUGUGACUGCAACGCCAGGAAGCUACGGGGAAAGCUCUGAUUAGAACAUAUCAACAAAAGCCAGGUCUUCUCUGAGCUUGGCUAUGUCUCACAAGCAGCUGAGGGUCUGUGGACACUACUUGCAGCCUAUCUGAAGAGAGACCUUGCUCCCAUCACAUGAGUGACCUUAAUGACCGACUUCCAGGAGGAAAGAGCUGGAACCAGGUGACGGUACCCUGCCUCUGGGCUGAGUAAGCAUGCAGGGCCAGAUCUGUCUUUGGGGCUGGGCCUGAGGGAGGCCACAGUGCUUGGGCUGCAUGCUUGCCCGCACACAUGUGUUUGUGUGUGUGUGUGUGUGUGUGUGUGUGUGUGUGUGUGUGCAUGCGAGUGGCAGCAGGAGUGCAUUGUGUGUGCUUGUGGCCAAUUUUGGUAGGAGUAUGGCAGUGUGUGCGGCUUGGCCUCGUCUCGUCACUUGGCACCAGGAGGCGUGUAGGGCGGGAUGUGUGUACGGAGGAUGUGGGUGUGCCAAGACCUGCCCAGCCCAGUGCAAUGGGGGAGGGGAGAGGGACCUGCUGCUCCCCUGGGUCAGAUUCUUUCACUUUGGCCUUGCCUUCCAGGAAGGUCUAAAAUGGACUUUUGGGGGUUUCAUGGGGAUGUCAAGGGGUCACUGUAGGAGAUGCCACAGGACCUACUGGGCUGGCUGUUCACCCCCUAGUCGUGUGGUGAAGGGUCAGGUGCAUGAGAGAUUAUAUCCUCUUUAGCCCCCGUGAGGAGGUUAUUCUAUGUCAAGGAAUUUCACGGGACUACUCUCCAUUCUGAAGGGCUCUAGAGGAAUCUUCUUACUAGCCCCAGUGGAAAUGUGUUAUACCAUCUCCAGAGGAAAUUUUGUCCAGCCAACCAUGGGGUUCCUGGCUGUGUCACCACAUGCAAAAGGAAUGGGGCAAUGGAUAAGAUGCUCCUUCCUACAAAGCCUCAGAGUCUCAGGAGCAGAGAUGUCUUCAGGAGCUUAGGCACAAGAUUCGGCACUUGAUCUCAUGUCCUUGCUGCCUUGUGUCCACUCUGCAGGGAGGGAGUAGAUGCUUGAUAAAUCCCUGUUGGGCAGACAGGUGAACCCAGGGCCCUGAACUAACAAAGUACAGUAUCUUGGCACCUCUUUGCAGCCAUGUCACUGCAAAGCUUUUGAGCCACAAAGUAUAUGUCACUGCCACUGUGGGAUGAGAAUGGCUCAGAAGAAUCACCUGGGGUGGGAAGAUACAAGAGAAAGGGUGCUCAAGAGGUCCUCUGGUGUACCCUCAGAGACCAGCUAAUCCUGGGGGUGUCCAUGAGGCUGAUAUGUCUACAUGUACCUGUGUAUGCUUGCUUGCACCCAGAACAAAACCCCACAUCGAAGAGUAGGUUUGGGCCAGUCAGGUAGCCAGGACUUAUCACAUGUCAGGGACACCUGGUUCACACCUCACAACUAUCAGGCCUGGCUGUACACCCCAGAUACAACAGUCUACUGCAAGGACAGCGAGGAAGGAGGCCAUCUGCCACCUUGUGAGAUGAAGUCCCACCAGGUACAUGUCCAUAGCACCCCUGGGUCUCAUGGUGGCCCAGUAUAUGCGAAGGUGGUCCUGAGCUUGAAGUCCUUCCUCUACCUCUAGCUGUGUGAGGCAGUGCCCACUGUGACUGACAGUUAUUGGUUAACUCAUCCUGUUCCUGUUUAACUUGCUCUUGGGGAUGGCAGAAUUCUCUGACCUUUCCAGGCACCCUGUCUAACCAGCCACAAGGACAAAGACAGACCUUGCCCAGCCUUUGGUGGACUCAUUUUCUCUGUUAAGGAGCUCUGUGGAGCAGAGGUGGCCCCAGAAUCCAACCUGAACUGAAGAGGCCCCAGCCAGAGGCCAUGGCAGGUGUCUGUGGCAGGGCCCCAGACUUCCUCUCCCCAGCUGAAGACCAGGCCCUAGGGCCUUCCCUGGGCAGUGCAGUUGCUCUGAAUUGCACAGCUUGGGUGACCUCCGGGCCCCACUGUCCUCCACCUCAUUUAGUCCAAUGGCUAAAAGAUGGGUCUCCACUGGGCAGCAUAAGCCACUACCAUGAGGACUUCUGGGUCCAGACCAAAGUCUCAGAGGUGCUUGUGUCCAGUGUCCUGUACAUCAACGUGACUAAAGCUGAGGACUAUGGGACCUUCGCUUGCUCUGUCCACAAUGUCAGCUCCUCCUCUUUUAUUCUGCAGAGAGCUGGCCUGGCGGGCCACGUGGCUGCGGUGCUGGCUGCCCUCCUGGUCCUUCUAGUCUUGCUGCUCGCGGGGCUGCUCUAUGUGAAGUGUCGUCUCAACGUGCUGCUUUGGUACCAAGACACACAUGGAGAGGUGGAAAUGAACGACGGAAAGCUCUACGACGCCUUCGUCUCCUACAGCGAUUGCCCAGAGGACCGCAAAUUCGUGAACUUCAUCUUAAAGCCGCAGCUGGAGCGGCGUCGGGGUUACAAACUCUUCCUGGACGACCGGGACCUCCUACCCCGCGCUGAGCCCUCGGCCGACCUCCUGGUGAACCUGAGCCGGUGCCGGCGCCUCAUAGUGGUGCUUUCGGACGCCUUCCUGGGACGGCCCUGGUGCAACCACAGCUUCCGGGAGGGCUUGUGCCGGCUGCUGGAGCUGACGCGCAGACCCAUUUUCAUCAUCUUCGAGAGUACUCGGCGCGAUCCUGCGCACCCUGCGCUGCGUCUGCUGCGUCAGCACCGCCACCUGGUCACCCUGCUACUCUGGAGGCCGGGCUCCGCGAUGCUGUCCUCCGAUUUUUGGAAAGAGCUGCAGCUUGCACUACCGCGGAAAGUGCAGUACAGGCCGGCAGAGGGGGACCCCCAGAUCCACCUUCAGGAUGACAACGACCCCAUGCUGAUUGUACGAGGCUGUGCCGCUGAGAGCCGGGCUCUGGAGCGGGAGCGGGAGCUGGACCUCGACCCGGAGGGAGACCUGGGUGUACGAGGGCCUGUCUUUCGGAAGCCACCAGCUCCACUGCAUGCAAGUGGGGUCUCAAUGAGAGAGGGCUGUGGCAGCGAGAUGGACAUCUCUGACCUUGGCUCCCGAAACUACAGUGCCCGCACAGAUUUCUACUGCCUGGUGUCUGAGGAGGACGUGUAGCCCUUGCUCCAGCCCGGGAGCCAGGAGCAGGCAGGUUUCUGCCAUGCAGGAUGACAAACCCUGCCUGUAGCCCAGGGCCCCUCAGGGAAGGGGUGUGGGCCAAAGAUGCCAGGAAAUAAAGUCCUUUGGCUUCUA